UUUCAGGUUCCCUAUCUGAUUAACUCACUCGUCGAAGAAAACCGCAAUCAGGAGAACAACAACGAGUUUGUGAUCCGUAGCUUUUCCGAAUUAUUAUCGGAAUGAGACGGAUCACUAAUUGAUUGUUUGUACAAGCAACACGAUGGCAUUUCGGCCGAUUUGUGUGUUCGUCGCCACUUGUGCAAUUGUCUUCGCUAUCGACCCCCUACAAGCGGAAUCCAGCCAGUCGCCCACGCAUCGCACAGAGUCUCCCGGCGCUGCGACUGAUUUCAAGUCAUUCGACGCCGUUGAUUUCCUCACGGUGCGGCCAGUCGUCCGUGAAUCGCGAACGCUGCGACGGAUUCGAUCGAUCGGUCGUAUUAAUCACGAGGACCACGCUGAGCAACUCGUCGUGUCUCUCGACGCAUCGUCUCCCAUCGUCUUAGAUCUCCAGUUGAACAGGGAUCUAAUCACCGACAACUUUUACGUUCGCCAUCACGUCAAUGGAACCGAAGAGUUUUGGCGGCCUGAAAUCUCUCCAGACAAUCUGUCAUUACCCAUGUGCCAUUACCGAGGGAUCGUCAGGAAUGCCACUAAUUCUUGGGCGACUCUAUCCACCUGCUCGGGACUCAGUGGGGCUGUUUUUGACGGCCUGGCGCUGUACUACAUCGAGCCGCUGAAUCAUUCGAUCGAUGGCGACCAUUCGUGGAAGAAACACCCGCCAGGAUUGAAUUCCGUGACUCCAAGAUGCGAUGAGGACCAUCACCAAGCGCAAAUGCAUUCGACGAAUCACAGUGUUAAGGUGAAAAGGCAAAUUACAAAAUCGGGAGUGCAAGAGGCUUUUAGCGGAGUGCAAGUUCUCGAAUUGGUGCUGGUCGUCGAUUACACCAUCUACCUGAGAAACGGACGCAAUAUGCACAAGGUUUUGAAACGUGUUUUCGACAUAGUCAACGUCAUCAAAGAGAUUUAUUCGACGUUGCCAGUGUCGGUCAUGUUGGUCGGCGUGAUCGUUUGGUCGGAAGGUGACAGGAUUCACAUCGGCAAAAAUGCCAGUCAAACCUUGUACGAUUUCAAACAUUACUGCGACCAUAAUCUCCAUGCGGAAUCCCACGACACCGCCCAACUGAUGACAGGCGUCGAAGCUGAUCACUUCAAUGGUCCCGUCGGCAGGGCUUACGUCGGCACCUUGUGCAACUUUCACGAAUCCUGCGGGAUCGCGGUCGACAGCGCCAACUCUCCGGCCGCCAUGACGGCCUCCAUCAUGUCUCACGAAAUGGGCCAUAAUUUCGGCAUGAAUCACGACAACUACUCUCGCUGUCACUGUCCUAUGGGCGACUGCGUCAUGGCCGCCGCCAUCGGACAACCGACGAAGCACUGGAGCUCUUGCAGCCGCGAGCUCAUCCAGGACUUGUCACGGGAUAAAAAAUAUAAUUGCCUCCGCAAUCGGCCAAGCAGGUGUGGCAAUAUGGUGGUUGAUCCGGAAGAGGAGUGUGACUGCGGCUUGCCCAAUUUUUGCCGGAAUCAAUGCUGCGAUCCGCACACUUGUCAAUUUAGUCGGCGCAGUCUCAAGGUUCAAUGUGCUCAUGGCGGCUGCUGCGACUUGAUGACUUGCCAAUUGGAAAUGCCGGGAGUCGAGUGUCGAUCGGCGGAAAAUCAAUGCGACAUUGCGGAAUACUGUUUCGGCAACAGUUCGACUUGUCCUUCCGAUUUGCAUAAAUUUGACGGCAUCAAAUGCGAUACCCGCAAAGUGUGUAUCGACAAAGUAUGUUCCAGGGAUUCAUUGAGAAAAAUCAACGGACCCCUCCAAUGUCCGUCCAACUGCACCAACGGAGGAUUCUGCAAUAAUUUAGGGAAAUGCCAUUGCCCGGAUGGAUUCAACCCUCCGUUUUGCCAACAUUAUGGAAUGGGCGGUAGCGAAGAUGGUGGACCUUCUGUGGAUCCUAAAGUCCGUCGAUUAUUUCAAAUCGAACUCUACAUCAUCUUUUUGGCCAUCAUCCCCAUCAUUAUCUUUUUGCUCUGCAUUUGUUUCACUUUCCUGCACGACGAUCAGAAGAAAUCCCUUGGAAACUUUUUCCGCAACGGAGUCAACAGCGGAUUCGCCGGCCGGCUGUUGCAUCCGGUGCCAUUAAUUCAAUCGACCAGCGUCGACAAAUCGGAUGACCAGCCCAAGCGGGAUUUCAGCAACUGGGUCAAAAAUCGAGUGGGUUUGACGUUGCCCAGGAUCAGUAUCCCACCGGUGGCCAACGGUCCAUCCGUCUCCAUCCUGUCGCCAUCCAGCGGCUGCUCGACGGCCACCAUCACUCUCAGCGCCCUCAACACACCGUCGGAUGAACCGCAACAGUCUACUCCGACUUUCCCGCAUCGCUUACCUCAAUCUUCUUCCACGACGACCGGAGACAAAAAGGAGCAGUUGCUGUUGACUCCGCCGAUUCCGAGAGUCGUCCGUCCGGCUCGUCCCCCGCCUCCGCUGGUCAAAAACAAGCCAGCCCAUCCGGGCUUUGCAAACAGUGCGCUGGCAUUAGAAGGCGACGUCGUUAACAAUGUCAAGAAGCCAGCGAGAAAUAAUCAGUUUCCUCUGCCUCCGCCGAGUUCCGCCAAACCGGCGUUGAUUCUUUGAUGACAUGUGUCGCCGGAGACAAUUCAAAAGAACCGCGCCCCGGUUGACUGCCUUUUCGCUUUUAAACCCUCCCCUUUUUGCUGGUUAUUAUUCUAAUUGACUUAAGAUUUUAGCGCCAACCGUCUGAAACUAUAUAUAAAAGAGGGUUCAGUGCGGUUCGUGUAACAUGCAAGUCCACAGAUUUGUUAUCUACUUGACAUUUCCCCUCGACUGAGUGAAGAAUCUCUAAAGCAUUUAUCGAUUGAAACAUAAAACAUUUUUAUUUCAAAAAAAAAAUUCAUUUAGAUUGAGCGGUAAUUUCGAAAUUUACAGUUACAAACUAAAAUACAAAUGCAGAUUUGUCUUUUA